AUGAAAUUAACAAAUGUUGUGUGGUUUCGAGUCAUAGUGCUCGAAGUGAUCUCAAAAGAAUUAGUUUUCUCGAAACAGCGUUGCAGAAAUACUGUAAGAUGUAACACUUAUUGGAGUUCAGUGGGCUAUGAAAAGUCAGUAAAGAAUUCUGGAAUAAAGGAGGAUGAUAUGUAUAAAUAUUUUUCGGUCUGCUUACAAAUGCUCCAAAAUUAUCCAAAAUGGAAUGAAGAAAAAGGAAAAAUUAACAAGGAAUUAAAUAUAUCUAAUGUGGAACCAAAGUAUUAUCCAGUAAAGAGAACACUUUCAUUACUGGCCUUUUUACAACUCAUUCAUUUAUUCCAAAAUACUAUUUUGCUUCAUCGAAACUUUUAUGAUUUUCAUGACAAUGAAGGUCGAUUAUGGUUACUUCUUAAAACUUUGAUUGUUGAUAGCUGUUUGCGGUUUGAUUCUGUAACACACAUCAAUAUCAAACAGUUUUCAGCAUUGUGGUUAUAUCAAUUUUCUUAUAACCUCAUAACCCCAGACCUUGUGUUCCUCAAGCAUAACUGUCAGGCUAAAUAUCUUUGCAUCUUCGGGAAUGAUUCCGAAAAAUGA